AUGGAGACCCCGAAACAACAGGCACAGCACUCAGAUUCCUACUCAGGGGUUACAGGUUGCAGUCACCGCCCAGCACUUGACCGCCCAGCAGCCAGAAAGAUGCACCCGACCUUCGUCCUCAUCGCCCUCCUCGGCAGCCUAUCCAUGACAAGUGCGUCACCAACCACUCUCGAAAAACGGGUUCCCCCUUCCCAUCCCCUAUGGUCGUGCGACAAAAAUUUCGACGGCGACUUCAGCUGCGCGCGUUCCAGGUGCGAACGAAGUGUGCGGCUGAGGGAGAGUGUGCGUGUAGGCCUCCUUGAGUUCUUUGGGGGUUUCACACGCAUAGAUGCAGUAGAAAUAUGGGUAGAUUGAGCUUUUAUAGCGUCUAUUAGAUGAUAUUUCUCAAGGCUUUUUUUGGGGAGCGAGGGAUGGGGGCUGGUCUUUUGGUUGUUUGAUUAAGGAGUGAAACUGGAAAUGUUUCUAGAUUCUGACUGGAGGAAAUAUAGUGCAAUUAUUGAGCUGC